AUGAAUAUUGAUCAAAUUGAAGAACAAGAUGGAGUUAGAUUAACAUGGAAUGUUUGGCCAUCUACCAAAGGAGAGGCACAAAAAUAUCUUGAUAUUCCAUUAGGACUUGUUUAUCAACCAUUACAUGGAAAUAUUUCAACAAACAAUCAAUUAGAAUUAAAUCAAAGUUAUAGAAUUCAAUGUCAAUGUGGUUGUUAUAUUAAUCCAUGGUGUUCAAGAGACACUUCUAUUUGGGUAUGUCCAAUUUGUAAUUCAAGAUACCCACUACCACCAGAUUCAAGAACAUAUUCAUCUACUACUAUUGAAUAUGUCUCACUUCAACACACCCCUCAAGACACCUCUUUGUUAUUUGUUAUUGAUACUACUGCACCACAAAAUGAAUUAGAUGCCCUAAAAACAACAAUAACUUUAGCAUUAGCCUCUGUACCAUCAAAUGUAUUUGUUGGUUUAAUUGUUUAUGGUAAACAUAUUUCAGUUUAUGAUAUGUCUUCACAACAAUGUCCACGUGCUUAUGUUCUUUCUGGUUCUAAAUCAUAUACAGCAGUUCAAUUAACAUCAAUUUUAUCUACUAAAGUUAUUAAUCAAUUACUUGCUCCAUUAAGUGAAUGUGAAUUGACAUUUAUGUCAAUUUUAGAUGAUUUAACUCAUGAUGAAUGGCCUGUGAGUGAAGGUCAUAGACCAUUAAGAUGUAAUGGAUCUGUUAUAAGUGUUGCUAGUUCAUUACUUGAAAGUCGUAAUGUAUGUGGAACAAUAGAAUUCUUUAUUACAGGGCCAUGUACUUUUGGACCAGGAAUGAUUGUAUCAGAUGAUCUUAAAGAACAAAUGAGAACACAUGCUGAUAUUACUCAGGAAAGAGUAAAAUAUCUUUUAAAUGCUGAAACGUAUUAUAAAGAAAUUGCCAGUAGAUUAAAUGAAAAGAGUAUCAGUUGUAAUAUUUUUGCAUGUUCUAUGGAUCAAAUUGGAAUAUUAGAAAUGUCUAGUUUAUGUCAAAUGACUAAUGGAUAUAUUACUAUGUAUGAAUCUUAUAUACAUGAAACUUUAUCUGAAACAUUACAACGAAUGUUACAAGGAGAGGAUACUUUAAAUAAUAAAUAUUGUUAUAGUAUUGAAGUAUACUGUAGUAAGGAAAUUAAACCACGUUCAUGUAUUGGACAUGUUUCAACAAGUGAAAGUAAAGAAAGAUAUUCUUCAUUAUUAUCAUUACCAGAAGAAUUUGGUGUACCAGGAAAUAAAUUUAAAACAUCAACAGUUGAUCCACAUUCAUCAUUUGUAUUUUUAUUUGAUAUAGUUAAUCCUGAUACUAAUCCAUUAGACUCAAAUCGUCAAGGUGUUAUUCAACUUGUUAGUAAGUAUAUGGAUACUCUUGGAAGAAGAUAUAUUAGAGUUACUACAAUCUGUAGGUUAUUCACAUCUAUUAGUUCAGAAGGGCUUAAUAGAAUGUCUGCUGGAUUUGAUCAAGAAACAGCUGCUGUUGUCAUGGCAAGAUGUGCUAGUUUUAAAGCUGAUGCAGAAAGUGGAAGAGAUGCUAUGAGGUGGUUAGAUAGAGCAUUACUAAGAACAUGUAAUAAAUUUGGAGAAUUUAGAAAAGAUGAUCCAAGUUCGUUUAAUUUAAAUUCUAACUUUUCUAUAUUACCACAAUUUAUGUAUCAUUUAAGAAGAAGUCACUUCUUACAAGUUUUUAAUUGUUCGCCAGAUGAAACAAGAACAUUUAGAACUGCACUAAUGAGAGAAAAUGUUAUUAAUUCACUUACAAUGAUUCAACCAACAUUAGAUUGUUAUAAAGUUGGACAAGAGGCGAAACCAGUAUUACUAUCCAUGCAGUCAGUAGAAUCUGAUUCAAUUUUAUUACUUGAUACUUUCUUCUAUAUUGUCGUUUUUAGAGGAGAGGCUGUCGCUGAUUGGAUGAAACAGAAAUUAGAGGAACAACCUGAGUAUGCUGGUUUAAAAGAGUUUUAUAAAAAACCAGAAGAAGAUGCGAAAGAAAUUGCAAAAGAGCGUAUUCCAUCUCCUAGAAUAUAUGUUUGUAAUAGAUACUCUGGUCAUCAAAGAUUUUUAAUGACUAUUCUCGAUCCUGCUGUUACUCCUGGUCAAAACCAAAAAGACAUUAUCGUCACUGAAGAUGUCACUUUGAAAGUGUUUAUGGAACACCUUAGAAGACUUUCAGUCAAAGGAAAUAUUUAA